GCGGAACGGCUUGUGUGGCCUCGGCACCGAUCUCCACCACCAGCUGGCCAACCCGCCGCCACCUUCGGCGGCUAACAAGCCAUGAGCAAGCGAGCUAAGAGGACAAGCUCGGUGCCGCUGACCGCCAUGGCGGGUUCUGGCUUCCUCAAGUUCAGGGUAGACUACGAGAACAACAAGGACCUUCCCGUCGGCGAGGGAGUCCACUCCGACAUAGUCUCCGCCGGCGGGCAUCUCUGGAGGAUCGAGUGUUACCCGAAUGGAAUCGGAACACUGGCUGGCGGAGAGCUCUCUCUCUUCUUCAAGCACAUGAGCAAAUCCGGAACCGGCAGGGUCGAGGGCAUAUUCGAGGCUUUCUUGAUGGACAGGGAUGGCGUUCCAUCCACCACGGCUGUCGGAAGGACAGAUGUGUUCAAGCUCGCCGGCAACGCCAGCGGGAAAUGCGACAACCGGGGAUGGAUUUGGUUUGUGAAUCGGACGGAUUUGGAGGAGAACUAUGUGAAGGAUGGACACAUCACUUUUGUCUGCGCCAUAUUGGUGAUAAGUGACAGCCCUAUUCCUGUGCCAUCUUCAGACAUUGGUAUCCAUCUCGGCAGUCUGCUGGACCGCGUGGAGGGGACUGAUGUAUCAUUCACCAUUGAUGGCGAGACAUUCCUUGCGCACCGAGCGCUGCUUGCUGCUCGCUCACCGGUCUUCAGGGCAGAGCUCUUCGGUUCCAUGGCAGAGGCAAAAAUGCCGUCCAUCACGCUGCAUGACAUCACACCUGCUGCAUUCAGAGUUAUGCUUCAGUUUGUGUACACAGAUGCCUUGCCCGGAGAAGACGAGCUUGGGGACUCGCCAGUUGAGAUGUUUCAGGACCUACUUGCUGUGGCUGACCGGUAUGCACUAGACCGGCUAAAGCUUAUGUGUGCCCAGAAGUUAUGGGAUAAUCUGUCGGUCGAUACAGUUGCAACUACUUUAGCCUUCGCCGAGACGUACAAUUGCCAGGAGUUGAAAGACAUAUGCUUUGAUUUCUUUGCACUGGAGAAAAAUUUCAAGGAAGCUGCGUUCACUGAUGGUUUUGCAUUGUUGCUGCAGAAAUACCCGUGUAUUUGUGCUGAGCUGAAAGAGAAGGUUAAGACAUAAUAUAGCCUGAUCCAUCUACAUGUUAUAGUUCAGUUAUUCUAGCAUAGCCCCAGGAUGGUGUUUUGAAACAUUAGUGAGUGCACAUUGAUUGUGACUUAGUAUCCCAUCUUGUAUUUGAUGAAAUGCAGCCUGAUCUUAAAUUCAUCUUCUUUUACAAAAUCCUACUCUUCUUCUUGUAGCGAUGUGCUAAGUAGCUGAUAAGUGAUAAUGAUGAGGGAGGUGUGCUGGAGAACUGUUCAGAACAGCUGAGAUGCUAGGCUAAGGAGUUUAUGCCAAAUUAGUAACCCAUGCAUCUGCUUUUCUUUUCUCUAGGACAUAUCAUGUCUUGAAUCCUUCAAGAUGUUUACUUUUGGUAUGUUGAUGAUACGACUAUCUAGCUAUCUGUAGUCAUAGCCCCAUGUGAAACUACGUGAUCACUGCAAAUCAUGUGAGAACAAGUUGCAUCCGAGUACUGGAAAUUUUGCAUACAAAAAUUCUAACCGCUUGUAUACUUUAGCCCAGAGAUGCACCUCCAUAUGUUGUACUUCGUUAGGCACAUAUGGCACUAUGUUAUUGUGUGUCUGAAACACGUGUGAACGCUAAGUUGCUAACAGAUGUCUUUUGAAGAAGCAAUAUUGGAACAUGAAGUUGUCUCUUCUCAAAAAAUUCUGAUUCUUCGCCAUUGAGGGUACACCGGUACAGUUGCCCUUUUCUAUGCUUCAUGCUCUAUUCCUCCUGCCUUCUACCGCACCUUUGUCUAGCGCCCGCUGACGUUCCAUAGGGGAUGAAGCAGUUUUCCCCAAAUUGAAGCAUGUGGGAACAGCAAGGCCGCUGCCGGAGGGCUCCCUGUUUUGUGCGCCGAUUGCUGGAUUCAGGGCCAUGUGCUGGUCGCGACCCU